AUGAGUGACCCCGAAUCCGACGAAAUAAAACCUUCUUUAUCAAAAGAUGAUUGGAAACAAAAAUUUAUUGAACGGAUUCGAAAUCCAUCAUAUUAUGAAAAAACUAAACCUUCCUUACCGAAUUCACCUGAACCUGAAUUAUGGGGAAAAUAUCGAAAAAAUCUUUCAGAAUAUUUGGAGUAUUCCAUGUAUUUUGAACCUAUUCGGUCGGAAUUACAUCUUAUUGAUAGUUUAAUAUUCCAAGAUCCUAGUGCAGAUGACAAUAAAAUUAUUAGUGAAUAUACAAAAACACUAAUUCACAGUAAAAGUACACCCAAUACAAAGCUUUCUAGGGAAAUUGACACAAAUCCAUAUUCCUACUACAAAAAUGUAAGAAAGAAAAGUCGUAAUAAGAGAUUUGCAAAAAAUUUGCUUGCUGCAACAAGAGAAUUGGAAAAUUCAAAAUACGAUUUCUUUGAACGAGCAAAAUUUCCGAUGUCAAUUAUUACCGACAAGAAUAUUACAUCUAUCAUAAAUGAAUAUAAAACUAUUAUGAAGAUAGAUUUAAAAAGAAAUGUAAUUUGA